UAGUCAAUAAAUAAAUUGCUGUUCUUUAAAAGAAGAAUAAAACACUUCAGACAUGCUGUUACAGGAGAAGAAUCAACUCUGGUGUUGUAACAAUAUGCCCUGAAGCGUUUAUUCUUUAUUUCUUUCCCUUUGUUUGGUGCUGAAUAUUGUAUUACCAGUCUAACACAUAUUAUCAGUGCCCGUAAUGGCGCUUGUUCACGAUUCAGUAAUUGAUGGAGGCUUUUCCCACUGCUGUGUAUAAUCACUUGUCACAUUGCCUUUGUAAUGUUUGGGCGGGAUGAAAAAGGUUUGAUCUUUUCUUAGUUUUAGCCUUGUGUUCUUAAGAUCAGACAGCGGAACAUAUUACUCAGAUGUUUAUACGUUUCUAAGGAGCUUCAGGAUGUGGAAACCGAAGUGUCGCUGCUGGUCCUCAUCAACCUGAUCAGAUAGAGAGAGAGAGAGAGAGAGAGAGAGAAUAGUCCAGACAAAUAUUCCAGCAGUGUUUUACAACUAUUGUGGAAAACAUUUGCCUCAGAACCUUCUUAAAAACCUAAAAGAUGAGUAAUAUUCAUGGAAUGCUAACCUAAAAAGUUGCCAGGUCACUGAAAGAUAUGAAAACAGAACCCAAGCUAGCUAAGGAUUAGACAAUAGCUUCAAGAAUGUGAACAUUUUCUCUAGCUGCGUUGGUCUUCACGCAAUCUGACAAUUUAGCCGGCUAGCACAAAGAAUGAAUUGUUGAUGAAAACUAAGGGAAUCUGUCAGAAAGAACAACUAUGUUGAAGUUGUAUUACAGUGUCAAUUUAAUUAAUGUAUUUCUGAAGAAAUGUAAACAGGGAGCAACACUAGCAAAUAUAGGCACUGAGCCACAGCUAACUAAAAAACGAGGCUGAAGAUUUAGCUGGCUAGUGUUAUUCUAUUGGCGGUGUAAAAUCACAGUGGCUAGGAAAGCAAAUGUGUAUAGCAACAAUUUCUUCAGAUGUGUUGGCAGAUUAAAAAUGAAGCAGAAAGGUCUAAUGUAACCUCAGAUACACUACGCAACUGGUUCAUCAAGAGUAAUUUUACCAUAAUUUCCUGUACAAUUAACAACUGGUUAAUCAAGACUGGUUUCAGUCUCCAUUAAGGUGCGAAUUUUGGGCAGACCUUACGUAUUCACUGUGCUUUAUGUUGCUUCGUCGUGAAUUUAUUCUCUUCUGAUAAGGUUGCUGAUGGCUUUAAUAGGCACCACACGGAGAAGAUUCUGGAGGUUGCUGCUAUCUGGAUCUUGGUUGUGUGUUGUCGUUCUCAUGGUCUUUCGGAUCGUCCAAGAAAACGCAAAGAUUACUUACAGAUCGCUGAUGUUCAGUAACGAUGAAUCUCCAGAGGAUGAAUGUGACUGCAACAAAAUUAUACAGGGGGACCGUGAUGAGCUUAGAUGCGCUCAGAUUCAGACCCUCACAAAGAGCUUUAGGAACAUAACACGGAUUACUGAUGAACAAUAUAUCAAGCAGACAGAAGACUGUGAAAAUUUCCGUAAAACUCGUAAGUACUUACCAUUCCCAUUGAGUGUGGAGGAAAAGGCUUUCCCAGUGGCAUAUUCCAUUGUCAUUCACCACAAGGUGCAGAACUUUGAGAGGCUGCUCAGGGCCAUAUACAGUCCUCAGAAUUUCUACUGCGUCCAUGUGGACAAAAAAGCUCCUGAAUCUACUAGGAAGGCGAUCAGCUCCAUUGUUUCUUGCUUCAAUAACGUUUUCUUAGCUAGCAAGACUGAAGCGGUGGUCUACGCCAGCUGGAGUCGCGUCCAGGCUGAUAUCAAUUGUAUGAAGGAUCUUUACCAGAUCAGCAGCAGUUGGAAGUACUUCAUCAACCUGUGUGGACAGGACUUCCCCAUCAAAACCAACCUGGAGAUAGUGCAUGCUCUUAAAGCACUUCGUGGUGCCAACAGCCUGGAGACUCAGACCACACCCGAUAUUAAGGGAUACAGAUGGAAAAUAAGCUACAAAGUGAGACACGGCACAAUAUGGAAAACCAACCAAGCUAAAAGUCCUCCACCGUUUGGUCUAAAGGUAUUCUCAGGUAACACAUACAUAGUGGUGAGUCGUGAUUUUGUCCGCUAUGUGCUUGAGAAUCCCAAAGCACAGGUGUUGAUAUCAUGGAUAAACGAUACCUACAGCCCUGAUGAAUUUCUCUGGGCUACAAUGCAACGCAUGCCUGGUGUCCCAGGGUUCCUUCGUGCACACUCUAAAUUUGACGUCACAGACAUUUACAGCAUCUCACGGCUAAUCAAAUGGCAGGGGCAUGAGGGGGCAUUUGAUGAAUUGUACCCUGCCUGUCAGGGAAUUCACAUUCGGGGAGUUUGUGUAUUCGGGGUUGGGGACCUGCAGUGGAUCCUAGAACAGCACCAUUUAUUUGCUAAUAAGUUUGACACAGAUUUUGACCCAGUUGCUAUUCGAUGCUUAGAGAAGUACCUCAGACACAAAGCGCUAAAAAAGUUGCGAAUUGGACAUCUGUACAUCACUCCCCUGAACAAGGAGAACAUCCCAUU